AUGGUCCGCAAAGUCUGGCAAUGGACGAUAUCAAACCCGAAGCUUGCGAUCCUGCUAGUCGUUUGCGAUGAUGUGGCGUCGUGGCGUCAAGCAGCAUUCUUUGACCUCAGAGAUGAGAGCCUACCAUUUCCCGAGGAUCGCCUUCAGGGAAUCGUCUCAGACCCUCAGCGUAUCGUCGACGAACAAUGGAGAGCAACUGCGAAAGAGCUGCCCUUGACCGGCGCGCAUGUUGAUUUUGGGUCUCGUGAAACAGCUCCCUUGCAACACAUCAACCUUGUCCGGACCUCUAGGGGCUCUGAAAAGAGCGUCGACCGCGUUCGUAUACUAGGUAAUGCCGAUGACCAGAUCUAUAUCCGAAAGCGUUUUGUGAUCACUCGACCAAACCAGAAGGCGUCCAUCUUGGAGCAGAUCAACAAGUUCAAGGCGUAUGAUCACAAGAACAUAGCGAAGCUACUCUGCUCAUAUUCCCAACCAAGUCAUGUCGGGAUCCUAACAACCCGGACGCAGCAUACUUUAGAUGAUUAUCUCAACGUGCAAGCAUCGGACCCGAGCCGGGCCAAGCUGCUUGUGGACUGGAUGAAUGACUUAUCGCAUGCUUUGGACUAUCUACAUUCACAGUCUAUAUGCCAUCGUAGUAUUCGGCCACGGAAGAUCCUUAUCGAAGGAUCUCGAGUCUUUCUUGCCCCGUUCGGCAUCGGCGCGAGCAGUGACACCCACAGUCCUACUGUGCCCGGGCCUCAACGACUGGACCAGAUUCACACGUACUUUCAGGACCAAGCAUACAUAUACGCUGCACCGGAGACAUUGCUCGCACGAGGCAAGCGCUACUCGGACGUAUUCUCGCUGGGAUGUGUUUUCCUAUCGAUGAUUACGGUGGCCCAAGGGCAUUCGCUAGCUCGAUUUACUCAGUACAGAGAAGGCUCGUCACAGGAUGCUUCCUUCCACAACAAUCUAGACCGCGUCGCUUCGUGGCGGAACCGCUUGCAAGCGAUGACGACUUCGGGACAACGGAACGGCAUGAUCGGCUCAGGCCGCAAAGUGCGCCAGCUCAAGUCAGAGGCUGAGUGGCUCGAGAUCAUCGAACAGAUGAUCAAACCCAAGUACCAAGAGCGCGUCAAGAUAGCGAAGAUUGUACAUAGCUACGGCACAGGAAAGACGAUAGGGGUCCGCAGGAGGAGUUUGGACGGAGGAGGUUACAGUGGACAAGUAGGGGGCUCGCUAGGUUUGGCAAACGGAACCAGCAUCAGUGGAGUUGCGUCCGGAGGUAAUGGAUACGGACAGACGAGCGGAAGCGGCCAGAAGCCGGAGUUGAGUGUUUUCGAUGGCUAUUUUCAGCAGCAGCAGCCACAUGCACGACGUUUCGAACAAGCUGGGAUUUGGUGA